AUGGAAGAUGCUUGGAAGCGGUCCCGGCGCGAAAACGGUGGCCGGUUGUCACCCAUCUGCGUUUUCUGGGCGAGGAGCCAGCCCCUGAAAACAGAGGCGGUGACAUUCAAGGACGUGGCGGUGGUCUUCACCAGAGAGGAGCUUGGCCUGCUGGAUCCUGUCGAGAGGAAGCUGUACCAGGAUGUGAUGCUGGAAAACUUCAGGAACCUGCUCUCCGUGGGCUGUGAACCCUUCAGAUUAGAUACGACAUUACCGUUGGGGAGAGAAGAGAAAGUUUGGAUGAUGGAGGCAGAAACCCCCGGGGGGUGUCCAGGGCUCAAGAAUCGAAAUGAGAUAGAGACUUUUCAAAAAGUAGGACUAAGCUACCUUUUACAUGAAGAUGUUACAUGCUGGCAGCUGUGGGAACAAUUUACAAGUAAAUUAGCCAGAAAUCAAGACUCAACAAUAAAUCUGCAAAGCAAGAAGUCCAAGUUGCCAAAACAAAGUGGUUCCUCAUGUCAGAUGUGGGCAGGAGAAUCUCCUCCAUUUUCUGAAGAUGAAAACUGUGUAAUAAAGCUUCAAAGGGAGAGUUCCAAUAAUAUCAGAAGUUGAGAGUUUCCAAUUAAGACCACUGGUGAUUUCUGGAAGAAAAUCUGUCUGAGAGAGUCACACAAUUACCAGAGUAGGUGUCGGCAGGUCGACAUAAAAAAUAAACCAUGUAAGUGUGACUGUUAUGUUACGACAAGGACCUCCCAUCAUCAUCAUGAUCAGGAAGAACACAAAAUCAGGAAGGCUUGUGGCCACAGUGAUUGUGGAAAAGACUUCACGAGGGAAUCACAUCAACAUAGCAUGACCCACUCAGGAGGGAAGCAUGAUAUACAUAGUAAGUGUGGGCAGGACAUCAGUGACAGCUCAGUGUUUUGCAUUUGCCAGAGCAUUCACUCAGGGGAGAAAUGUGGUAGGAAUGAUGAGUGCGACGGGGGCUUCAGUCAGAGCUCAGACCUGCAAAAUCAUCGGGGAGUCAACACAGGAAAAAAGCCCUGCAAACAUCCAGUAUGUGCUAAGAGCUUCAAUCAGAACUCUUGUCUUCCUACCCGUGAGCCCCUCCACCCAGGAGGGGCUCCGUAUAGGUGUGACAUGUGUGGGAAGGGCUCUAGUCAGAGUCUACAUCUCAGCGUUUGCUGUGUAGAUGACACUGGAGAGAAAUCCUCUGACUGUGAGAUAUGUGAUAAAGGCUUCAUUCAGACAUCACAACUUCAGGCCUAUCAGAGAGCCCAGCCUAGGGACAGAACCUACAAAUGGGAGGCAUGUGACAGGCUAGUUAAUCAGAAUCCUGGUCCUCUCCAGAGAGUUCACUUGGGAAAGAAACCAUAUAAAUGUGAGGUAUGUGGGAAGGACUUCAGUAAGGCCUCAAAUCUUCAAGCCCAUCACAGAAUCCACACUGGAGAGAAGCCAUAUCAAUGUGAUGUGUGUGAUAAGAACUUCAGCCGGAAUUCCCACCUUCGGGCCCAUCAGCGAGUCCACACAGGAGAAAAACCAUACAAGUGUGACACAUGUGGUAAGUACUUCACUCAGAUUUCCCAUCUUCAGGUCCAUCAGAGAGUCCACACAGGAGAGAAGCCAUACACAUGUGAGACAUGUGGUAAGGGCUGUCAGAGUUCGCAUCUUCAAGACCAUCAGAGAGUCGACACUGGAGAGAAACCCUACAAAUGUGAUGUGUGUGGGAAGGGUUUCAGUUGGAGCUCCCAUCUUCAAGCCCAUCAGAGAGUCCAUACGGGGGAGAAACACUACAAAUGUGAAGAAUGCGGGCAAGGCUUCAUCUGGAACUCGUAUCUUCACGUUCAUCAGAGGAUCCACACGGGAGAGAAACCCUGUAAAUGUUACAUGUGUGGGAAGAGCUUCAAUCAGACCUCACAUCUUCAAGCCCAGCGGAGAGUCCAUAUGGGAGAUAAACCCUACAAAUGUUUUGACUGUGGUAAGGGCUUUAGUAAAAGUUCACGUCUUCAGGUUCAUCAGAGAGUCCAUAGUGGUGAUAAAUCCAAUACAGGUGAUGAGUGUGAUAAAAAUGUUCUUCAGAAUGUAAACUUCUCAUUUUCAUCAGAAAAUCCACACAGCAGAGAUUAUUUAUGAAAUACUGUGUUUAAAAAAAAAUACUGUGUUUUAAAAUUCAGGAGAGAGCUGGAUUUUUUUUAUCAUCCUGUUUGUUGUGUCAUCGUAGACAGUGUUUCCAGCAGAGCCCAAAUUUCACAGUC